AUGCGUAGUAAUAACCUGGUCACCUCCUUUAGCUUUGAUUUACCAAAUAAGGAUCGUGAACAGCAGCAGACACCUAGUGCUGAAACUAGCAUUCAGCAAACUACACAACAACCACGCUUGCCAAUGGAACUAGGAACUGAUUUAGAUACCAGUACCCCUGUAAAUAAAGCCUCAUCGAAAGAUGUUAAAAUAGCUAGAACUUCCGCAAGUUGUUCUAAGAAAUUUCCCCCCAAACGUAGUAACCUCACCACGAUGAACAAAUUUCGCAGGGUUGAGACUAAUGAUGGGGAAGAAUACUUUGUAUUUAAUAGGCAUGCUGAGAGUAAGAAUAUUAACAAACCAUCACUUGUUACGAAAAACCCCUCUCGAAACAUAAGUAUGUCUGGAGGUUUUCCGCAUGCUCCACCUUAUAGUCCAAGAACUUAUUCGACUCUGUCAAUGGGAUGA